UGCCGUGUUCACCGUUACCGUGUGCCCGAUUCUCGCGGACUGGUUGGCAGCUGGUCGGAUAUAGCGGGGUCGGCGUGGCUGGCGCGCAGUCCGCUUUCGAACCGCGAUGCUGCAGCUGUUGGUGCUCCCCUGCGCGCUCGCGCUGGCGGCCGCCGCGCCCGCCUCCUACGAUCAGCGCCAGGAUGGCGAAUUCAACGUCCGCGCCGAUCUACAAAACGUAGUCCUCCUUAUUGCCCUCCCUAAGAAAAUGCCAGCGUCUUCCGAUUUUCUGGAUUUAUUCACGAAGAACAUCAAACAUGACCACGUGCUGCAGGACAGAGCAGACAUACACAUUAUGGAUGCAUUCGUGGAACCGAGCACGCCUUACAGAGUGGAAAUCGGGGGCAGUGAGCGGUCGGAGGGUGACGGACGCGCCGCGGAGGUGGUAAUCGCGGGGCGCCGGCGAGGGAAUGUGGAAAGCGAGGAAGAUAGGGACUACAAGCUGGUGGGAGCCAUGGAGCAGUGCGGGCCCGAUAUGGAGCGCGACCCGGAGACGCUGGCGUGCCGCAAGCUGGCGCCGCCGCAGCCGCCGCAGCCGCCGCAGCCCCCGCAGCCUGACGCCAAGCCUGAAGACCUGGCCAACGCACUGCAGCCCGAGGUGGUUCCCGUUGCAUAGUCUCAUGAUCUCUCAGUGUAUUUAUAGGGUAUUUAUUUUACACUUUCCGCCAUUAUAAUUUAUUGUAAAGUAUAUUUGAUAUAGUUACGUAAUAAGAUUCAAAUUUGA